AUGGCUUCUGGAAAGUUGGAAAUAGGGAUUGUCUUCUUCAUUCAAACUGCAGUUGGGAUCCUGGGGAAUCUCUUCCUUCUUUGUUUUUAUAAUUUCACCUUGCUCACUGGUCACAAGUUGAGACCCACAGACCUGAUUCUGAACCAGCUGACCUUAGCCAAUUCUUUGGUCCUUUUCUCCAAAGGAAUACCUCAAACAAUGGCAGCUUUUGGAUUGAAAUAUUUCCUGGAUGACACUGGAUGUAAACUUGUGUUUUAUAGUCACAGGCUAGCCACGGGGGUUUCCUUCAGCACUGUCUGCCUCCUCAAUGGAUUCCAGGCCAUUAAGAUUGACUCCAGUGUGUGCAAGUGGAUGGCAUUCAGAUUCAGAUCCCUGAAGUUCAUUGGCUUCUGCUGUUUCCUCUGCUGGAUCCCACAUCUCCUGCUAAGCACAUGUAUUCUUGUAAUAGUGAAUGGCCCACUGGAUAGCAAAAGCCGCCGGGGGGGAAAUAGCUCUGCAUACUGUUCCUGGACAAUGCCAGAGAACAGCUCAGUGUACACUGUCAUAUAUUUUUCCCCCGAUUUUAUGAGUUUGGCCUUCAUGCUCUGGGCUAGUGGUACUGUGGUCUUUGUCUUACACAGACACAAGAAGCAGGUCCAGCACAUCCAUAGCCACAGACGCUCUUCCAGACCCUCCCCCGAGGCCAGGGCCACAUGGACCGUCAUGAUCCUGGUGAGCUCGUUUUUCGCUUUUUACUCAGUCUACACCAUCAUGACCGUUUGGAUGACUUUAGUGGCAAACCCUGGCCAGUGGAUGGUGAACAGCUCUGUGCUUGUGUCAUCGUGUUUUGUGGCAUUCGCUCCUUUCGUGCUCAUCAUCAGUGACACCCGUGUACAUCAGUUUUGCUCUGCCUGCUUGCCGAGGAGAACAAGUUUUCCCAAUCCGGUUGCUGUGCCAUGA